AUGGGACUUGGGAAAGAGGACAUAAAAGAUGGUCUUUUUCAUGAUUUAAUUAUACAAAUCCUGGAGACGUUUACGAGAACUCUUGCGCAGGUGCGAACUCUCGACUUUCAUCCUAGGGCUUGUACUGAUCUGCUUUCGAGUUCAUCCAAAGAUAUCCUCGGUUUGUCAACUGUUCAACUUUGCAACACCUCAACUUUCUACACAGGUUUGUCAACUGUUCAACUUUGCAACACAUCAACUUUCUACUCAGGUUUGUCAACUGUUCAACUUUGCAACACAUCAACUUUCUACUCAAGUUUGUCAACUGUUCAACUUUGCAACACAUCAACUUUCUACACAGGUUUGUCAACUGUUCAACUUUGCAACACCUCAACUUUCUACACAGGUUUGUCAACUGUUCAACUUUGCAACACAUCAACUUUCUACACAGGUUUGUCAACUGUUCAACUUUGCAACACCUCAACUUUCUACACAGGUUUGUCAACUGUUCAACUUUGCAACACCUCAACUUUCUACACAGGUUUGUCAACUGCUCAACUUUGCAACACAUCAACUUUCUACACAGGUUUGUCAACUGUUCAACUUUGCAACACAUCAACUUUCUACACAGGUUUGUCAACUGUUCAACUUUGCAACACAUCAACUUUCUACACAGAUUCUAACGUGGACAUUUCUCAAAGCACAAGCAAUAUCCCAUCUUCGACUGCCUCGGACUCAUCACCAAAUUCAACCCCAGGACUAUCUCGCAAACACAGAGUGGACACUGACAGUAGUGAAACUCUUUGUUCCAGUGGUAGUGUCGAAUUUGAUACAAACGUUCAAGUUUCUCAUCAUGGUCUUUCACCGGCGUCUUCAAAAUUUCCAAAGAACGAUGUUCGACGAGCGGCUUCCGAGAAAAAAAAAAUAAGAUGA